AUGGAGGAAAACUUAGCGGAUCGGUGGGCGCUGUCAAUUGGAGAACGCAUAAAGCCGGGCGCCGGGAAAGGGCGGGAGAAACCGGAAUUCAGAGCCACACGGGACUAUGAGAGGCUUUCCGGAUUAGGCGAGGGGAAAGUAGUUGUCACUGGUGCGCAAGCAGAUGCAUUGCUCAGCACUAUUACGAAUGAGACACCGAAAGGACGAUUCGGGACAGCCACGUUUUAA